GCGUGAGGCGCCUGCCGACGGUCAUAUGACGUGAUAUUUUUUUUUUGCAAGUUUAAAACACGAUUGUAAUUACUCAGCAAAAAAAUAUUACGAUUCUCGUUCGCUGGGUUAAAAACCAAAUCAGGAGUGAAGAAAAUGCGUAGAACGUUUUAGUACAACUAGUGUACAAAGCAAAACUUUUUAAUGGGCCGAUUUUACAAGGUGUCUAUGGGGACUUCUAGGGGCGCAAAGGCCGGUUUGAUUUCGGCUUGUGCUGAGUGAUAUUGGUUAAUUUAGUACUGCUGAGGCACUGCUAGUUAGGAAAGUUACACCUCUCACUAGUUAAUAACCGGUGCAGUGCCAAUCAGCUUCCCAUUCGGCUAUCAGGCGCUUGGUUUUCUUACUUUCCUGCAUUUGUGGCGGCGACCCCGAUAACUUAAAUAUAUCCUUCACCCGGCUGCUUUUAACUUGUAUGCAAGCCAAUUGCUCCCAGCAUGGCCAGUGUUUUUUUUUGUUAGCCGCAUUGCUCACGAGAUAUGGCAGAUCGGGACUCUGCAAUAACGAAACGCGUUUGAUCGUACAGAUUCGGCACGCAGACAUAUUUGACUGUAUUACUUUCCUUGGUUAAUCGGAGGUUGUAAAAUUUAAACAUGGAGGAUGAGAUUCUCUCCGUUGAUGAGAAUUAGCGAUUUCCUAGUCGGAAUGGUUAUAGUUGCACAUCCUUCCUGCUUUUACACUCGUAGCAGCUUCGGGGCGCAUAGGCAGAGGGGCGCCAGCACCUCCUUCCUUGCAUCGCGCAGAGUGUUAACGGAGUCAUUCGUUUGUCGGUUUCCGCGUGGUACGUUUUCAUGCCCAUGAUUCCCCUGAAGCGCAGGAAAACGGUGCCCUCUCCAGCUGGCAGCAGUAAUGCCGAGAAUGUCAAGUUUCCACAUAUUGUUAUCUUUCUCUUUGAAAAAAGGAUGGGCGCCAGCCGGAGAGCCUUUCUCUCACGGCUCAGCAGGAGCAAAGGAUUUCGGGUAGAGGACUCUCUAAGUCAGGCUGUGACACACAUUGUGUCAGAAAACACCUCUGGGGAGGAGGUGCAGGCAUGGCUGGAGAGCCAGGUAACCGAGAGAGGAGACAGAGACACUGUCCAUCUCCUGGACAUCAUGUGGUUCACGGAGAGCAUGAGAGAGGGCUGCCCCGUCAGCAUCGAGGACAGACAUCGUUUGCGGGUACCUGAGCCCAGUACGCAGAGUGCAGGGAACACGAUGGACAGCUACGCUUGUCGGAGGAGGACUCCGCUACAGCAUCAUAACAUGGUCCUAACUGACGCACUACAGUUGCUGUCCGAAAAUGCUGAGUUCUGUGAGAACGAAGGCCGCAGCGUCGCGUUCAAGAGGGCGAGCGCGGUGCUGAAAGCGCUGCAGGGGCCCGUGUGCUCCCUGGAGGAUCUGCGCGGCCUGCCCUGCCUGGGGGAACACUCGCGGAGGGUCAUCAAGGAGAUCCUGGAGGAUGGGGUGUCGAGUGAGGUGGAGUGCACACAGCAGUCUGAGAAGUACCAGGCGAUGAAGGCACUCACCGGUAUCUUCGGCGUGGGUGUGAAAACGGCCCAGCUCUGGUUCUGGGAGGGAAUCCGGAGGCCGGCUGACCUUCAGACCUUUGGCAAGAAGCUGAACCGGGCGCAGGCAGCGGGCAUGCUUUACUAUGAGGACCUCAGCACCCCUGUCACCAGAGCGGAGGCGGACCUUCUCCAGGGGAUCGUGGGGGAGGCCGUCGGUGCUGUGCUUCCUGGGGCUCGGAUCACGCUGACGGGGGGAUUCCGCAGGGGGAAGCAGACAGGCCAUGAUGUCGAUUUCCUCAUCACUCACCCUGAAGAGGGUAGAGAGGAGGAGCUACUGCCCAAGGUCAUCGGCUGGCUGGAGACACGGGAUUUGUUGCUAUACCAGAAAAUUCACAAGAACUCGUACCUGGAGGCCAAAGAGUGGCCAGCCCGUUCCGCAAGUAACAUGGACCGCUUUGAACGCUGCUUCACCAUUUUCAAGCUGAUGCUGCCCCGUGUGGCCCCCCAGGGAAGCACACAGGCUCCCAGAGCACCUGAGGCGCAGGAGGGGGGCACAGGGGAGUCCCCGGGCUGGAAGGCUGUGAGAGUGGACCUGGUCGUCACCCCCAUCAGUCAGUAUGCGUUUGCCCUGCUUGGCUGGACUGGCUCUCAGCUCUUUGAGAGGGAGCUCCGUCGCUGGGCAGGCCAGGAGAAGAGCAUGUCCCUGAGCAGCCACGCCCUGUUCGACUCCACGCGGAGGCAGUACUUGCGUGCCGCCUCGGAGGAGGAGAUCUUCGCCCAUUUGGGUCUGGAGUUCAUCCCCCCAGCUGAGCGAAACGCCUGACGCCUCCAUGGUGGUCGGUUCCGCAGGAAGGACUCCCAUGUUUCCAUGCCUCUCUACCUCUCCAUGUGUCAUUUCCAUUGGCACGGGCCUCAGGCGGGAAAAUCGAGUCGGCCAACCAACCUGUUCAUGCUUGUUUACACAACCUGUGACUGCAUACUGUAUAAAAGUUGGAGCGUGCUCAGUAGCACCCACGCGCUGAGGGUCCUGCACUGUAUAAAAGUUGGAGCGUGCUCAGUAGCACCCACGCGCUGAGGGUCCUGCACUGUAUAAAAGUUGGAGCGUGCUCAGUAGCACCCACGCGCUGAGGGUCUUGCAGUCUUUCGGCUUCAGGGAGCCGCCCUUUGCUAUAGAGCAAAGUGAACUGGCUCCUCCAUGGAGUGAAUUGUGCACUGAGCCAUUGUGCUCUCACAUGCGUGUCUUAUUUCAGAGCUUUGCUAUGCCAUCCCCUCUCAUGGCCCCUAGGGGGCAUUCUUCAUUCAGCGGUCCAGUUCCAUGUGUCAUUUCCAUUGGCACUGGCCUCAGGCUGCUUUCCGAUUCAGUACCACAUCCCAGCACACACUGUAGGGAAUCCAGUGCCAUUACUGUCCAAUAUGAGCCGUGAAGAACCCCGUGGGCGUACAGUAACUGACGUCCCGCUUCCAUUUAUCACAUAGCGCCCCACACUUCCUGCAUUUCUGCACAUGGCCACAGUCUCCAGUCAUCUAUUUCAGUCCCGCCUUCAUCCGUGUGCUUCUGUAUCCAGUGAAGGGUCCAGUGAACCAGCCCUGUCCGUCACAGGACACCCAAGCAUGCAUCACUCAUUAAGGGCAGUUAUGCAUUUUUAAAAGAGACGAACACAGAGACUGACCUAUAACAUCAUGUCUGAUGCAACAUUGUCCCGCCCACCUAUGUGCAUGAAGCAAUAGUGGGCUUGUAACUACAGAAGAUCAGCAGAAGGUUUCUGUUGAUUAUUGAUUUAACUAAAUCAAAUUAAAACUGUAAGAUACUGUGGAGGUACUUGGGAGAACUUAAUUUGCACUUCUUACUGUUUGGCCUUGAGUCAUUUCUGCUCCUCGCACACUGUAAGCUGGACAGCGUGGGGGUUUAUGGGUAGGGAUUUGUGUCUGCCAUCUGUUUUUAUUUUUGCAUGUUGCAUUUUUCACUGCCCCCCACCUAAGCCUAUUUCCUGGACUGGAAACAUCUUAGAUUGAACCAAACAAUCCACGUGCCAACUUCUGAAGGUGAAAUUUAAUUUCAGGUGGAAUUGACUUUACCAGCUGUCACUGGGGCGUAAUUGGAUGUUGUGUCAUUUUUAAAAGAUGUGGCCAAAGGAAUUUCUAACCAGCCUGAUUUUCAGGUAAUUGAGCAUUUUCUAAAUGAAUCUAAAAACAACCAAAACUGUGCUCUCGUUCUUAAACCUGUAUUUUAUUCCGUUUAAAUAAACAACAUUGGAAACAUUG